AUGCUGAAGUUACACAUGCGUUCACGUGUUCAACGAAGAGAAUGCGGUAUCGUGAUAUAUGGAUGUUUAUUUACUUCGCUGAGCAGAAAGUAUGCGAGUGCAGAGAACGGGUCGGCCCCGGACAUCCCGGAUGCAGAAAGGAGAUACCAGGAUUUUGCCCUCAGACUUGCAGACAGGUUGUCCAUCUGUCUGAAAGGGAAAGAAGAUCCGUUGGAUUUCAUUGCGUCUCUGGCUGACGCUCUAUGCGAGGAGAAGGAGAGGCAAUGUGCUGAGCUCCGCAGCCUAAAGGAGAGUGUGGCGGCCGGCGAAGUGGAGCGUAAGGCCGGCCGUCGGACGGUGAUGAGGCUCGUGGCAGAGGUGCGCCGGGAACAGCGGGUCUCGACAGCCCGGGCUGAGGAGUUGCAGUCGGUCCGACAGCAAUAUGACCGUGCCUUGAGGGACCAGCAGGCAGAAAACCGGGUCUUGAGGGAGAGGCUGGAGACCAGCCGACGUGCCCUGGUCGACUCUCAGCAGGAGGCGGGUCGACUGGAGGCUCGCUCCCAGGAGAUGGAGAGCAGCCUGCGCUGCAGCCAGAGCGAUGCUCAGGUGGUGCGGGGCCUGCUACGGGCCUUCGCAGAAGAGGUCGCGGCACUGGUGCGAACCCACCAGGAGCCUGGCCUUUGCGCUGAGGAUGAGGCUCAGAGGAAACUGAAGGAGAACAGCAGCGAGAAGGACCGUGGAGUGGAGUACAGCACAACUACGGAGACCAGGUUGACCCAGGUUCUGGGGGAUUUGGACAGGCUGCUGGGCUUCCAGCAGGAGGCGCUGCGGAAAGAGCGGUCGGCCGAGCAGCGGAUGCAGGAGCUUGAGGCGGAGCUUCUGUCAGCCAAUGUGUUCCGCGAGGACUUUAGCCGCGAAAGACACAACAACCAGCAGUUCUUGGACCAGCUGUCAAAAGCAAUGAAGUUGGACUCAGUCACCGUUGAUGUUGGUCUCGACAUGAGGAUGGAGGCUAUUUUGCUGCGAACAGAGCAACUGGUGAAACAGGAAGGGAGAUCUUUGCUGGAAAGCAAGAGUAUGGUCCACGGCUUGCAGAGAAAGCUGAAGGCCCACAAGGAGCGCCUGGAGAGCAAGGAGUUGCACAUAGACAUGCUGAGGAAAAAGGUUUCUCAGCUGGAGGAAGAGAAGAGGAAAUGCUUCACAUUGGCUAUGGAGCAAAGCAACACCCAGAUGGAAAAAAGGAAGCUGCAAAAGAAGGUUGAGCGUUUACAGAAGGAGCUGGAAAUAUCUCACCAGUCCAACUUGGAGCUUAAAGCACAGCUCUCUCUCACCAAUGAGCUCAAGAUCAAGGUAAUUGAGCAGCGUCAGAUUACAGAAGAUCAAACCAAAACCCUGGAGAAGGUGCAAAAGGAGAAGCUGAAGGCAGCAGAGAAGUUUGCCACUGAAAAGUCCCAGUUGGAAAGCAAAUAUGAAGAAGCCAAAGUGGGGCAGGAACAAGCCCAGCGAGUGCUGGAGAGCAGCUCUAAUGAACUAGGCGUCCUCAAGCAGAGCUUUGCAGAGCUUGCGGAAAAAGAGAGACAGCUGACGGACUUCCGCAAGGUUGUGUCGCAGAUGCUGGGCCUGGACAUCAGCUCCCUGGCGCUGCCAGACUACGAGAUUAUCAAGACCCUUGAGCGACUACUUCACGCGCCCCACAGAGUCCAUCAGGAGUGGCUGUGCCAAACUCACCCACACAGCCAACUCACUUAGGACUUCCUUGGGUUUGGGGGGUUGGGGGGUUGGGGGUUGAGUGGAUUCACAUGGUGCCAGUCA